AUGGGUUUUACUUGAUUUAUUCGUAAAAAACUACCAUGCUUGAGGUUGGCUUCAAAAUAUUUAACUCCAUUAACACCCGAAUCAGGAAAAGAAACAAAAACGAAAAGAAUGGGGAAGAGCAAGAGUUUCAGAGAAAUCAAGCUCUUGAAGAUAUGGGGAUUACCACUGAUGAAAGAGAAAUGGAAAGAAGAAAGAAAUUCUCAAGAAGGAGACCUUAUUAUAAAGAUAUGGGCAUCAGCUUUAUGAAUAAAAGGAAUAGAGUUUACAAUGUGAAGCUCCAAAGACAUUUCAAAGACCAUGCCCGGAGCUGAAAGGAAAUUUGAAAAUAGGAACAGCUUUAUAAUGCUUAUUAUAGCCUUUCAAACGCAAUUUUGCCUAUAA